UAAGUAAGUAAGUAUGCAUUCCAGUACUGAGUGUGUGUAUGUAUGUAUGUGUGUAUGUAUGUAUGUAUGUAUGUAUGUGUAAGUAUGCAUUCCAGUGCAGUGUGUGUGUGUAAGUAAGUAAGUAAGUAAGUAAGUAUGCAUUCCAGUGCAGUGUGUGUGUAAGUAAGUAAGUAAGUAUGCAUUCCAGUGCAGUAUGUGCUGGUUAGUACUAUAGGAUGUGAUACAGGAAGUAGCCUAUUCACAAGUGUCUGACACAACUGAUCAGCUGUCCCUGACAACCAUUACUGGUUACCAGAAUGCAUUGGGAAUGUUUUGUUUCUGCUUCCCGAAAUGUUCCGAGAGCAGGCCUUUUUUUUAGUUCCUGUUUGCUUUUCCAGGAACAUUUUCUUCAUGGAAAUAUAGUGUAAAUAUAUGUUAUGGUAAAUGUUCCCAUAAGAUUUAAAUAACUGAUCCUGGAUGGUUUGGAGAGUGUUCUUCUAAUGUUCUGGUAAAAUUAGUUAACCAUCUUGCUGGGAACCUUGAAUUAACCAGAGAUGGUCCUGAGAACGUUCCCCUAAAAUUCUGGCAACCUUUAACUGAUUAUAACCUGUCAGGAACAUUGAACAAACCAGAGAUGGUCCGGAGAACGUUCCCUUAACAUUCUGGCAACCUUUAACUGAUUAUAACCUGUCAGGAACAUUGAAUAAACCAGAGAUGGUCCGGAGAACGUUCCCUUAACAUUCUGGCAACCUUUAACUGAUUCUAAUCUCUAGGGAACCUUGAACAAACCAGAGAUGGUUUGGAGAACAUUACCAUAAUGUUCUGGCACCCUUUAAAUAGCAUGAAUCUUUUAGGAACAUUAGGGGAACAUCCCCUAGACCAGCAUGUAUGUGAUACAGAAUAUUUAUUGGUCUGGAUUCGCUUUUCAUUGUCUAUAUACAAGUUAUUUUAACGUUCCUUGAAUAAUGCUGUCUUUAUGAAAUGGUCCCUAAAAAAAUAACCAAGGGGAAACCACACGCUAAUGUUUGGGGAAAUCUUGUGUGUUUGUUGGGGUUGUAUCAAUCAUGUUAAAAUGCUUUUUGUUCCAUAUUAAUGCUCUUAUUUAAACCGCUUUCUCGCACUCAGAUGUCGUGGAUCCGUGAAGGAGAACUAAGUUUUCUUGAAAGGCUUUCUGCCAAUAUCCUAAAGGCAGGACCGAUGCCCAGACAUGUGGCCUUCAUCAUGGACGGGAACCGACGUUAUGCACGUAAGAGACACGUGGAAAGAAAGGAGGGCCAUACUCAGGGCUUCGACAAGCUGGCUGAAACGCUUCGCUGGUGUCUAAACCUGGGCAUCCACGAGGUAACGGUGUAUGCCUUCAGCAUAGAGAACUUCAAACGCUCUAAAGAGGAAGUGGACGGCCUGAUGGAGCUGGCUAAAGAGAAGUUCCUCCGGCUGUUAGAAGAGCAAGAGAAACUUGAGAAGCACGGCGUGUGUAUUCGGGUGUUGGGAGACCUCACGUUACUGCCUGAAGAUCUCCAGCGCCUCAUUGCCAAAUCCGUGGUUUCGACUAGAACACACAACAAGUGUUUUUUGAAUGUUUGCUUUGCGUAUACCUCAAGAUAUGAAAUCACAAACGCAGUCAGAGAGAUGGCUUGGGGAGCCGAGCAGGGCUUCAUAAAGUCCAGUGAUGUAUCAGAAGCGCUGUUGAGUCAGUGCCUGUACACCAGCAGCUCUCCCAACCCUGAUCUCCUGAUUCGCACUUCUGGAGAGGUGCGCCUCAGUGACUUCCUGCUCUGGCAGACGUCCCACUCUUGCAUAGUGUUCCAGUCUGUUCUCUGGCCAGAAUACUCUUUUUGGAAUCUCUGUGAGGCGGUUUUACAGUACCAACUGAAUUAUCGCUCUAUCCAGAAAGCGCGGGAGCUACACAGAGAGGCUGAAGCGGCGCAGCAGCUGGAGUGUGAUCGCUCGUGUGUAGCCGAACUUCUUCAGCAGGGUGGAAAUGGCAAACCCGUGGACGCCCGCUCCCGUCAUGCAGCACUUCUGAGCUACACGGCCAGCCGAGAGGAGAGAGUGCGCCGCUUCCUCGGCGCCCUUCAGCAGAAAAGAGACACUUUCUUUGAGCAUUUGAGCAGCCCGACUGCUGUCGCUUAAGCGUCGGUUGUUAGAAAUGAUCCAGUCUUAGAGCGCUUUAACUGCUUCCAACACGUUUGAUUCGGUUUGCCGGCUAAUUCCGAACCCCUUGAGUUUAAUCGGUUGUCAGAUCAAGGAAGCACUGUGUAGGGCUGUGGUGCUGGAUACAACAUGGCUGCCUGAGGAUGUGGUCCUAAAGCCAUGAGAAUGAAAAGAUUUUUAUAUUUACUAAUUUGUAUAUAGCUUCAAUGAUAAUGAUGGUGUACCCCGUUUUAUGGGGAAGUGAGCUAUUUAUAGUUGUCUCAAAAAUGAUUGUAGCCACGUGAAACUAUUUCAACGUCUGUUUCCACGUCUUUGAGGUGUGCGAGUUACCAAAUGUGUAGCUCUAAAAGGUCAUGCGUGAGCUGUGUCUCAAAUCACAUACUAGAGCAUACGAAUAUGAACAAAAUGUAAUACGGGUUUUUUUAAAAAUGGAUAACGUUGUGUAUUUGUAGUGCGCAACAGUUUUCUUUUGCACUAAGCUAUCCCAUUGUGUACCACAGAAGCACAAGGACUUGUAGCAGACAACAACAUGGCCACCAAUCACGGCUGUUUGUCUAUGGUCCAGCUUUUGCCUCUAUCUCAAAACUGCUAGAGGGACAUUCUGUCAUUUCUGGGGGGGGGAACCCUUCACAAGCCUUUUCUUUGCCCCUCCUCCCAACUCACUUCAUCCUCGUGCUGAGAUUACAUAUAACUCUUGUUGAGUUGCUUUCCAAUAAACAGGGGCAUAGUCGGGAGUCCAAAAGAGCUUAAUUGGCCAUGGCAUACUAUCUCUCAGCUGUCAAUCAGCAACGCUAGCAAAUCGUGGGCGUCUGUGCGCUCGUGUAUACGGAAAAGGGCAGAUAACGCUUUCCUCCGAGUGUGUUCCCCUGCCCUGUGAUGCAGCAGGAGCAGCAGUUUGAAAAGAUGCAGCAGUUUCACUUACGUCAGAAGAAGUAUGUAUUAUCUUUUGUCGUCUCUGGUUGAUAGAUGCCAUGUGACUGAGGAGAGCUAGCUAGUUGGUGGGAACUGGCCGAAUGAACGAAAUGGGAAAAGAUGGCGUAAACCAAAGAAAAAGAAAAAUGGACAAAAGUUUGGAGGGGGGGUGCAGAUUUUCCAGGACAAAACAUUCAAGCACAAGCCUUAAAGAAAUAAGCUAGUCCGAUCCACUGCAUGUCAAUGUUGCAAAUCACAGUUUGUCUAGUAUAGUACAGUUGAGCUGACACGAUUAAGACAGAUCUAGAAACACUUUUAAAUAUUAAAAUGAAAAACAAUGUUGGUUAAGUUACCUAGUUAACUUGAAUCUUUGACCUUUAAAUUAAUACACCGUUCAUGAGCCCACUUAAAAAGUAUGAUCUACAAGCUAAUCUUUUAGAUUACUACAAAGUAUAUACUGUAUACUAUUUGUGAUUUGAGACACAACUAUUGACCAAGUUCACUGGACACCACGGUUACACCAUUAGUGGAACUUUUGCUUAGUGAUUUACUAAGCAAACCAGUGCUGCCACGUCCUCAAAGGGCUGAAGACUCUGAACUGCUCGAGAGUACUGUGACCACAUGUGUAUUUAAAGCGGAUGUCUUACUAAAUAAAAGAUUUUAAAAGAUGAA